CCUGCCCACCCACCGCUGGCAGCUCCCGGCGUGCCAGGACCCCGCGCGGGAGCAGCAGGAGAUGGAGGAGCCUCCCCCGUGAGCUGGUGCCAGGGGCUCUGCCAAAGGCCCCCCAGAGCAUCCUGAUGCCGGAGGCCACCUCUUGCUGCCCCCAGGCCUGUGCCCAGCUGGCCGCGCGGGACCUGGACCUGCAGCUGCUGCGUGAGGGGAAGCUGAGGGCCGGCCGGACACCGCAACUCAGCCAGGAGCUGCGGGACGAGGCCUUUGAGCGGUACCUGCAGAUCCUCUAUGGGCGGCAGCUCCGCGUCCAGAUUCCUGAGCAAGACGCCUUCGACGCGGACCGCGUGCUGGAGGCCUGCCUGCACGGAGCCGACCCCUGGGCCGUCGGGGACCUGCAAGCUCUAGACACAUUCCUGGGGGCCUUCCCGGAGCCCCCCGCGGACGAGGCGGCAGGGCAGGAGCUGCAGAUCCCAGCCACCGACACUGCCCCGUUGAAGGCCCCGGAGUCUCGCCCGCGCAGGAGCCCUCCCCGAGCUGUCUCGGUGCCUGUGCUCAGCACCCCCCGGGCCCAAAUGCAGAGGAGCCUCCAGCUCCCGCCCGCACCGCAGCUCAUCAAAGGCUUCUUCCCCUCCCAAAUUACGUCCUUCACCAACAUCCAGGACCCGAUGCUGCCCAGGCUGUCGUCCGGCUACCUCCCCAACUCGGUGGCAGUGAGGCACCUGUGGGAGCAGCAGGGCCCAGUGCAUGAGGGGCUGCAGCCGGACGUGCCGCAGGAGCCGGGGAGUGGAGAGGUCCUUGCCCAGCACCAGUGCUGGUCUGUUGAGGAGGAGGAAGAGGAGGAGGAGGAGGAGGAGGAAGGCAUCCAGACAGCAUCCAGCACGUCCUGGUUCGUGGAGCCGGUGUCGGCGCCUGUGUCGGAGAGCUCCCUGGCACGCACGUCCUCCCACGCCCCCGGGGCCACGACCCAGCCAGUGCCGCUGCCCCUGCCAGCGCAUGCGCCACGGAGCUCACGAGCCCACUUGCCCUUCCACGCCUCCAUCUUCGAGCUCCAGGUCCAGCCAGUGCCGUGCAGCGUGCCAGGCCGCGCGCUGCCCCGUGCUUCCCCCUCGGAGCCGGACCGGCCGCAGCCCGCCCAGCCCCAGCCCCAGCCCCAGCCCGGGCCAAGUGUUUUCCUGACGGAGCUGGAGGAGCCGGCGUUCCCCGAGGACGGUGCCGUGCCGCCCUUCCUGCUGCCGUUCCAGGACGCGGAGUGGUUCGAGCAGGUUUACCACCACCUCCGCUCCAUGGGCUUCCCGCCGGACCUGAGCGUGAGCGAGGUGGUGAGGAAGCUGCUGGAGGUGCUGCCUGCUGCCGGGUAUGCUGCCAAGACGGAUAUAGUCAGCGCCGUCCUGGCGCUGCGCGAGCAGCUGGGUGCAGAGGACGGCAGCGAGGUCCACGCUGCCCUGCUUGCCGCGCUGAACCCAAGCGACCCACCCACGCUGCAGACUCAAAGGAAGUUUGUGCUGGCUGCCCUGCGUGCCCUCCUGGCCUUCUGCAGAGACAGCAAGGAGCUGCUGGUGGAGCUCAUGGCCUGCUUCCUGCAGAUGCCCAUCACCCGCAGGGGCCCCGUGAAGGACCUCUUCCUGGAGCUGGGCCUGCAGGAUCCGCGCAGCUACUUCUACGUGGAGAUGGACUCCUGGGACUUCUCCGCGGAGAAGGAGGUCAGCAAGGCGGUGCUGCGGCGGCGGUGCGCGCAGUGGCUGGAAGGCGUGAUGCAGAGCUUCCAGGAUCACCAGAGGAGCGGUUUGGAUCUGGAGGAGGCUCUGCCAGGAAGAAAGCACGUCCUUGGCAGCAGCCCAAAGGAUAAGAAGGCGACCGCGUGGUGCAAGGCUCUGCCGUCUGCUAGCAGCCUGGCGGCAUUGGCGCAGCCCAUCGACGCCGUAAACCAUUUCUGUCGGAUGCAGCUGCGCAGGAGCUUAGAGGGGCUGAAGCCUGCCGGGAUGCAGGAUGUCACGAACGCCGUGGUGGCCCUGCCCUCCCUGGGGAAGAGCCAGGCCAUCCUGCGGCUGGGAGAAACCAACACUCUGGCUCGGAGGAGGUCGCCGCGGCGGUUUUACCUCCCGCGCAUCAUCCCACGGCCUUUGUUGAAGGGUUUUGUACACGCUAUUAGACUGCCCCUGCCAAAAAUCACCCUAAGCCCGUUCCCGUACGACUCGGAUGCUCCGGCUUCGCAAGAGACAUCCAUCGCCGUGCACCAGAGAGUGCAGAAGUACUUCAUCCCCAAGUCCUCCCUCGCAGACAGCUACCCCUGAGCCGCGGCGACCCCGGGGCUGCGCUGCAGCCUGACUUCCCGUGCACGCUUAUGAUCCAGGCGAGAUGCUCUGCAGAGGCCACUGAAUGCAGAGCGGUGGCGGUCGUCCAGCCACUUCUUGGGACGUGAUGAAUAGCUACUGAUUGGUUGUAGCUCUGUAACAGGCCUCCUUCCUGUCU